CAUUCUAGAAUCUCUAUUAGGGUUACGCUACAGAGGCCGCAACAGGGCUCCAGAACUUUUCCCACUAAACCCCUUCCGCCUCCGCCUCCAUCCUGCAUCUCCGUUUCUAAACGCCAAUUCAACCCUCCUCUUCCUCAUUACUCAUCGAAUUGCGACGAAAGAAUUCGUCAUAAAGAGGCUAUACACUGCUCGCUUUUCUUUUCUCUUCUCUCUCUCAUACACUUUGUGGAUUGGAAUUGUGGUGGACUCUCUUGUUAGUUAGGAGAAAGAAUGGGGAAAUCCGGUGGCCGGAAGAAGAAAGGCGGAGGUAAUCCGGCCACCGGACAGCCCUCGCCCGCGGGAACGACCCCCGCGGCCGCGCCCAACGGCGGCGGUGCCCAUGUUCCGGACGCGCCUGCCCUGCUGCGGCGCGCGCACGAGCUCAAGGAGGAAGGGAAUCGGCUCUUCCAGGCGCGGGACUACGUGGGGGCGGUUCAGCAGUACGACCUGGCUCUGAAGCUGACACCGCGCGGCCACCCGGACCGUGCCAUCUUCCACAGCAACCGGGCGGCGUGCCUCAUGCAGAUGCGGCCCGUCGACCACGAGGCCGUCGCCGCCGAGUGCUCCCUCGCCCUCCAGGCCCAGCCACGCUUCCCGCGCGCCCUCCUCCGCCGCGCCCGCGCCCUCGAUGCCCUUCGCCGCCCCGAGCUCGCCCUCCAGGACGUCCAGACCCUCCUUGAGGUCGAUCCCUCCAACAGCGACGCCCUCGACCUCGCCCGCCGCCUCCGCCCCGCCCUCUCCUCAGCCUCCGCCUCCGCCUCCCUUCCCCCCGACCUCCUCAGCCGCCCCUCCCCCGCCGCCCUCGGCGCCUCCGCCGUUCGCACCGCCGCUCCCAUCGCCGGCCUCGGCCCCUGCCUCCCCGCCCGCCCAGUCCCCAAGAAGUCCUCCCCGCCCCCGACCCCCGCUAGACCCCCCGUCACGCCUUCUAAUAACCACCACCAGCAGCAGCAGCGGCCGCCAAGCUCCUUGCUACUCCCCAAUGGUCCUCGGCCCAAAUCGCCUCCUAAGCCUGCUGCUGCUACAGAAGCCUCAUCGGGUCUUGAUAAUAAUUCAGGAUCGCAGAAGCAGCUGCAGCGGAGCGUCGGGAAGGAGUCUUCUUUGGAUUCAGCUGGUACUGCAGCAGCGGUGCUCACUCGCUGGAGGCCUCUGAAGCUUGUCUAUGACCACGACAUAAGGCUGGCCCGGAUGCCAGCCAAGUGCAGCUUCAAGACAUUGAGAGAAGUCGUGGCAAAUCGGUUCCCGUCAUCCAAAUCGGUGCUGAUCAAGUAUAAGGAUGCCGAAGGUGAUCUUGUUACUAUUACUAGCUCUGUAGAGCUUAGAUUGGCUGAAUCUUGUGCCGAUCAGCUUGCUCCUCCAAAAGAUAGCAAGGAAAGCCCUGAAAUAAAUAAGGAUGAGAAGCUUCAGGCGUUGAGGCUUCACAUUGUGGAUGUGAUCCCCGAGCAAGAACCUUCACUGCCACAAGAAGAAGAUGAAGAAGAAGAAGAGAAGCCGGUGGAGGAUGAGGGGUUGACAAAGGUGGAUGAGAGCUUGUCUCAUUCUUCCGCAGGGGAUUCUGGGUUGGAUGGUGUGGACAAUGAGGUCAUGAAGACGGACCAAGAGAAAGAGCUUCCAAAAGAAAGCGGUUUGGAUGGAAAGAAGGAAUGUGAUCAUGCUGAGUGCAAGGAAGUUGAGAUUGAUGAUUGGUUGUUUGAUUUUGCUCAGCUGUUCCGCAAUCAGGUUGGCAUUGAUCCAGAUGCUCAUUUGGACUUGCAUGAGCUUGGGAUGGAGCUGUGUUCUGAGGCACUCGAGGAAACGGUGACGAGUGAGGAAGCACAACGCCUCUUUGAGAUGGCUGCUGCUAAGUUCCAGGAGGUGGCUGCACUGGCUUUCUUCAAUUGGGGGAAUGUUCACAUGUGUGCUGCAAGGAAACGCAUCCCUCUGGAUGAGUCUUCACCCAAAGAAGUCUUGGCGGCUCAGCUACAAACAGCUUAUGAUUGGGUCCGGGAGAGGUAUGCUCUUGCUGGGCAGAAGUAUGAGGAGGCCCUUCGAAUCAAGCCUGACUUCUAUGAAGGGUUGCUUGCCUUGGGGCAGCAGCAUUUUGAGACUGCAAAGCUCCACUGGUCCUUUGCAUUGGCUAAUAAGAUUGAUCUGUCGACAUGGGACCCUGGGGAGACAAUCAAUCUAUUUAAUAGUGCAGAAGAGAAGAUGAAGGCUGCGACUGAGAUGUGGGAGAAGGUGGAAGAGCAAAGGAUUAUUGAGCUUAAAGACCCUGGGAUGAGCAAGAAAGAUGAGCUGCUGAAGAGGAGGAAGAAACAAGGGGUGCUGGAUGGCCAGGGGGAGUUGUCAGCUGAUGAGGCAGCGGAGCAAGCUGCAGUAAUGAGAUCUCAGAUACAUUUGUUUUGGGGUAACAUGCUUUUCGAGCGCUCGCAAGUGGAAUUCAAGCUUGGGGUUGGUGAUUGGAAGAAGAAUCUUGAUGCAGCUGUUGAGCGCUUUAAGCUAGCCGGGGCUUCAGAAGCUGAAAUCUCUGUGGUUCUGAAAAACCAUUCAUCCAAUGUAGCUGGUGUGGAGUCUGAUGAAGGGAAAGGAAGAAUAUCGAGCAAUGGUGCUUCUGAGACAAAUGUCAAGGAUGAAGAUAAUAGUGUGCUUGAAAAUUAACUUGAAACAAGUUUCCAUGUGGGCUGAGUACCGGAAAGCUCAUUUGAUGUGGUAAAUCUUCUUGGCUUGAAUGAAUUUGUAACCAUGGAACUGUGGAAGACCUGCCGUUUUGAGCAGCUCAUCUGAGUUGCUAGGGCUGCAAUGUAGACCUUUCCUUGUGCUUCAAUUGUUCCUUUGUGUGGAAGACUCUUGGUGCUUUGUUGACCCAGGUGUGUAUUUUCUGAAAUAUUUUACAUCAAACAAUUUCUUGAGCAACUUUGAAGGAGAAGUUUUGAUAUAAACUUGUCCAAUGUCUUUGAUGAUUUCAAUAUGCGCAUUUCUAAUUUAAUCCCAUGUGUUGCUCUUUCUUA